AAACAAAACAAGUAAACAACGGAUAAAUUGCUAAAUAAGGAACAAUUUGGCAACGGUUAAAAUUUAAAAUUCAAAUUCGGCCACCAGGGGGACUUCCGCUGUAUUGCAGCCCAGCAACACCAGGACGAGCCGGGAAAAAAAACCGUUAGAAAGUUUCUCGUACUUGUGCCAGGCAGACAUCGUCAAUCAGAGCUCAAGAAUCUUAGUUGAAAUUUCGUAAAGUUUUAACUUGUUCUACUUCAGAAUUGUUUUCUUCUUACUUCAACACGAAGAAUCAAAUUCAUUUCCCUCCAUUUUGAAGACUGCUUCCAAUUUAUCUUCCACACUAGCUGGGAUUUGUUCCUACUGAAUGUUUCUUCUAACAUCAACAAGGAGAAUCAAGUACAUUUCCCACGGUAUUUGAAGACUGCUUCCAAUUGAUCUUCCAUCUAGCUGGCAUUUGUUUUAUUGUUCAAUCAAACUAGCAGAACAGUACUGACUACAGAGGGUCUGACCAACCCAAAGCAAAGAAGAAAAUGGGAUCAAAAAAGAAAGCAGAGGAAGAUGUUAUAUGUGAUGAACAUUUGAAUGCCCCUAAGAAAAGGAAGAUCAAUGAAAUGAUUGACUCUCUUCUGCUUGAAGUAGAAAACAAGAAUGUGGCUUACUUAAAGUAUUUUGUCGAACAAGACCAAACUGGCAACUUCCCGUUGAGUGAACAGUGGAGAUUAGUAUUCAUUCCUGCCCUAUCUGACACCACUAUUUCAGACCAGAUCUUUCAUAUCCUCAAGAAAAAGUACCCAGACAUCGACCUCAUGAAAAAAGAAGAGAAGACAAAAAACCCAGAUUGUAUAAUUCUACCACAACACGCUGAUACAGAGCAGCUCAUUGAAGUACUGGAGCUGGUCGGCGCUGCGUGUGUUUUUUAUGGGAAUCUCAGUGAUCGAAGAUACGGCUGGAGCUGCUGGUAUAAAGCCACGAAUCUGCGAGAAGGCAAUGCCAUUCCGAAACCUACUCUACCCCAAUCUGAAACCCAAAAACUUGCUAUGAGGAAAAAACUUGAAUUCCAAACUGUUCAAGAAUUGGAAGGAUUGCUUCGGCAGAGGCGAACGCACUGGGCGACUCAAGCAAUCUUCACUUGUCUACGUAUUUCGAAGAAGUGUGACUCGUUUCCGAAUAGAUUCAUCGUCUACAAUGUGUUCAAAUUCGCUCUUCAAGGAUGGGGGGACCGGAAUGUGCCCCUUCCCCGCGCUUUCGCCAUGUCCCUCCAGCUUUUUGAGCUCUUUGGGAGAACAAAAUUUUUUGAUGUAUUAGUAAAAAAUGAAACCGACUUGGAAGAUGUUGUUCAGUCAACUUUAACCGAAUUCUUCAACACCCUGAGGGACCCACAACGGAUUCAAACUGAACUGGCUACAGUAUUGACAUUCGACCGUUUGAUGACUUCUCUGGUUUUCUCUUUCGUAUACCAAGUGAAAGUUCACAAAAAAGCUCGAACUGAUCAAAUCAAAAUCAAAGAUUAUACGAUCAAAUCAAAAGCCGACAAGCUUGAAGAAAUUUCACAGCUGAUUCUUGUUAUUCUCAAACUACUGGUGUCAAUUCCGAAAUCGAAGGCUGAAAAGCAACAAUUGAAGAGCAAGCUAGCCCUCUACAUAAAUAUCUUUGAACUCAAGCGGGUAUCUCAAAAACCAAACAGUCUCUUGCUUCGAGCAUGCACGUCGCACCAAGGAACACCCAACGAGUUCAAGCUUAUCAAGUUGUUGCUGAAAGCAGGAGCGGAUCCCAACGCUGUAGAUCAACAACGCUGCAGCCCUCUUCAUCUGCUGGCAAAAAGUGAACAUCUCUCCUCUCGUAUGUGGGACGAUCCUUCGUAUUCUACUCGUGCUGAAAACUUCACUGCCAUCGUUCGAGUUAUCUUUGAUGGAAGAUUCCAUCAAGAUCAAGUCAAUCUAAGUGGCCAAUCAGCAUUGGAGUGUCUAAAACCUCUUUCGAGCUAUCCAGACGCUGAGUUAAGCCGACUGGUAGGCAAUUUCUCGCAGGGUGUUCGUCCGUUAUCUUGCAUCGCAGCGAAAGAAUCAACUCCCCUGUGAAUGUUUACCUAUGACGCUUCAGAGUUCAGUCUAUGGUUUUGCAGCACUAGUUCGUUUCGAUACUAAAUUGAUUUGUUUUCCUUUUUGGCGUCUACAUUUACCGUUACGAAAUUUGUCGUAUUGUUAUUGGCUUUCGUUUGCAUCGAAUAACAACCUUUGCUUGAGUCGUGGAUAAAUAAAACGCGUUAAUAACUUAUUAUCUGAUAUUUUAGCUCUAUUUCUUGCAUUUUGCACUUGGUUUUCAACUUUUUUCACAAAUCUCAUAAGUCGAAAAGAACAUGCCAUGAAGAAGAAGAACUUAGGUUAAAGUAAUUUUUCAUAAUCCUUAAAACUUAAAAUCCAUUACUUCUUUCAAUUAAUUUGAAGUCACUCUCCUUUCCGCUCCUAUCCUCUUCGAUUUCAAUUCGAAUUAAUUCGAGUGGGAGGUUGGAACAUUCCGUACCUUUGGCAACGCAACGCAAUUAGGCCUGUUUAAAUACAGACGAAGUGACGGACUGACUUUAGUAAAUAAACAAAAUGGGUAGCCUGCAAUAGUUUAUUGUUUAUUCUGUUUCUUGUCAUUAUUUUUUUUUUCCAUUUUAAACGUCUUCUACUGUAUGCUCUCAAUUUAAUUUUCACGCAUAAACUAAAAAUCGAAGUCCGUCUAGGGCAAAUCGCCCUACUUCAACCUUUUGUACAAAAUACUUAUUAAAAAAAAAAUAUUUAUUUUAAAUUUCACUGUUGUACUUCACAUUGAUAAAGUGAGAUUUACCUCAUCACUAGUGAAUGCUGAUACCAAGAGGCUACUGGGGUUGUUGAUUGAAGAUGUCCGAUUCACAAGAGAUUGCAGUGUUAACAGCAAUACAUCACUUCAAGCCACUGUUCCAAACCCAGUUGAAACAAAUAGAGUUAAUCUGCUUCAAAAAAUUUUACCCAUUCUGACAUCAUUUGUUCAGUUUAUGUGUGUCUCCAUAAGCAAUGUGACUAUAGUAGCCCAGUUGAACAACAACAAGUUUAACCUAACGAUUUUCUUUUUAGUCAAUUUUCGCGCAAAUACUUACAUUAAGCUAUAAGUUGUAAAAAGAAAAAUGAGGAGAUGAUUUGUAUGUACAUUUCCCUAUGGUAUGUUUCCCUUUCGAUUUUGUAUAAUAUUUCCGUGUGGGUUUUUCGGAUGAAAAAUCAACGUCGGUAUUAACGAAGGAGAGGUAAAUUAUUCCCAUGUGGCAAUUGAAUUUAUUUUUAACAGUUUUUAAAGCUCAUGGGUCUGUAAGAUCAAAUAUUCCAAGACGAAGAAAACCAUCAAAGUUCCUUAUAAUGGGGCCAUUGACAGUUUGUCGUCGUUGAUAAUCGGAUGUGUUUUUCGUAAAGGCAGGAAUGGAGCUUCCGUUAGAAAACAGCUCUCCAGUUGUUGUUAUUGUGCUUUCAUUUUUGUUUCCACUGAUUAUCCCAAUUGGACGAUUUGUUGUCAACUUCUGGCGCUUUCGCGUUUUGAUCAAUCGAUUGCCACAAGGGCCCCGACCUUUUCCUAUUGUGGGCAACGCAUACCCGUUAAUGGGGAGAUUUGAUUAUAUACUUCAAUUGUUACAAGUCGAUUGGCAGCGUACUUACGGAGAGAUAUACUGCACUUAUAUGGGUUCUAUCUGCACCAUUAACAUCUCGUCUCCUGAACUCCUUGAGCCCAUUCUAAAAAGCCAAAAACUUAUGCAUAAAGGAGCCACGUAUAAAUUUUUUGAACCAUGGUUGGGCGACGGGCUUCUUUUAAGUACAGGGGCCAAGUGGAAAAUGAGGAGACACUUGUUGACUCCGUCCUUCCACUUUCAAAUCUUGUACACUUUCAUCGAAGUUUUCAAUAAGCAGAGUCUAAUAUUAUGCGACGUAUUGGACAAACGACGCCAGAGUCAACAAGAGGAUGACAUUAUCAAUGUUUAUCCAUUCGUUGCCAAUUGCACCCUCGACAUUAUCUGUGAGGCCGCAAUGGGAGUUUCAGUGAAUGCGCAAUACCAGCGUUCAGAAUACGUCAAAGCCAUUUACAGGAUUAAUCAGAUUAUUAUGGAAAGGUUUUCAAAGCCUUGGUUGGUUAACGAUUUCAUAUUUAAAUUUACUCCGCAAGGCCGGGAACAAAGUUGUUUGUUGAAAACUUUGCACUCGUUCACCAGAAAUGUGAUAGAAAAUCGACGAGAAUUGCUGGCCAAAAUGCAAAAUGAAAUGGCCGACGAUGGCCAAGAUGUGGAAACUGCACCAGGGAACCGGCGACCGCUUUUGGACACGUUACUAGGAGCUAAAAGCAGCGAUGGAACUAAUGUGGGACUCGCUGAUAAAGAAAUUCAAGAAGAAAUCGAUACCUUCAUGUUUGAGGGUCACGAUACGACGGCUUCUGCCGUUUCCUGGUUCUUAUACUGCAUGGCUGCCAACCCUGAAUGUCAAGAAAGAGUUUGGACUGAAUUGCAAAAUGUUUUCGGGGAAUCGGAUCGUGAGUGCUCUCAACAGGAUCUGUCUGAAUUCGUCUACCUAGAGUGUUGCUUGAAGGAAUGUUUAAGAAUGUACAGCUCUGCGCCACACAUUGAGAGAUACGUUAAAGAAGAAUUCCAGCUCGGAGAAUACCUCAUUCCGGCAGGAUGUACUUUAAUUUUGAUGUUGUAUGGCAUCCACCAUAACCCACGAGUACAUCCAGAUCCAUGGACUUUCAAUCCGGACCGGUUCCUACCUGAUCGAUUGCAAGGGCGUCACCCUUACGCUUAUAUUCCGUUCAGCGCUGGACCUCGAAACUGCAUUGGUCUGUUUUUGUUGCCAUAGGCCAGCGCUUUGCAAUGAUGGAGAUCAAAAUUAUCGUAUCAACUUUAUUACGUCGUUUCAAAUUCGCAUUGUCACCGCUGUCGGCAAAACCAGUUCCGUCGAUGCAAUCCGUUCUGAAACCAAUUGACG